UUCUCUUCCGUUCUCUCUCCUUCCUUUCUUUUCUCUUCUUUUCUUUUCCCACUCAACUUACUCAGCUAUAAAUUGUGACACCUUGCUCUUCUUCGUUUCGUCGACACGAUCGGUUACUGAUUUCGCCUCGGACGCCAUGAUUACAACUGCCGCGAAGCCGGUUCAUGUACUUCUUCUCCACUUCCUCUUGGGCGUCGUCUCCUCUGCGGCCGCCACCUCAGCCCACCCGGGCUACCCGGAGGCGGAGCAGUGCGGCGCGGUGGUGGAUAUGGUGGUGAAUCGGAUGGAGGAGUACGAUUCGGGGAGGAUUUUGGACAUAACUCACUUCUAUCGAGAGGACAUGCCGUCGUGGGAUUCGGACGAGGGCCUCGGCAGCUUCCUCUGGCUCACCGCGUCCAUGAAGAAUGGAUCCAAAGCCAACACCUCGGUGAUGAAGCUUCCAGCCCAUUCAGGAACCCACGUUGACGCUCCCGGUCACGUGUUCCAGCACUACUUCGAGGCUGGUUUCGAUGUUGACACGCUCGAUCUUCAUGUCCUCAACGGUCCAGCAUUGCUAGUGGAUGUUCCAAGAGAUGAGAACAUAACAGCCGAAGUAAUGAAAUCUCUUCAUAUUCCAAAAGGAGUUCGUCGUGUGCUUUUCAGGACACUAAACACUGACCGGCGGCUUAUGUGGAAAAAGGAGUUUGAUUCUAGCUAUGUUGGAUUUAUGAAAGAUGGCGCCCAGUGGCUUGUCGACAACACUGACGUCAAACUUGUUGGUCUGGAUUAUCUGUCAGUUGCUGCUUGGGAUGAUAUGGUCCCUUCCCAUCUGGUUUUCUUAGAAAAUCGGGAGAUCAUUCUCGUGGAAGGCUUGAAACUAGAUGAUGUCGAAGCCGGCAUAUACAAUUUGCAUUGCUUACCUCUUCGUCUCCGAGGCGCCGAGGGAUCACCUCUCCGAUGCAUUCUCAUCAAGUAAACUAGCUAGAGGACCAAGUGCUCGUAGUGUGUUGCCGAGGCAUGUGGCUAUAAUAAAACCUUAUAGGCGAUGUGCUGUGUAAUUCGAUCAUGCCCUUUGUUUUGUCAACAAUCAUAUACUGCUAUGCAGGGCCGGCUCAAGCCUAUUUGAGACUCUAGGCAUAAAUUUUUUUUAAGCAUGUGAUAUUAUUUUAAAUAAAAAUCUCAUCAUUUUUCAUUCA